UUUUAGGUGUUCAGCCGACCACCGCGGCAAAUGGAGAGAGCAACGUGACUGCAAGAUCCAAAAGCGGCCCAAUUCGUCCUUGGCAAAACGCAGAAGUGAAAUAAUGUAAAAAAAAAAAGCUAAAAAUAAACCAAUGCAUAUGCCAAAAACCGUACAUCACCUAGUGUACGUCAAACAUGAAAUUUAGCCUCUAGUGCAAUAGUUCAUUUGCUUGCAAAGGUCGGUUCUUUCUCCCUCCCGAACGGCGCCUUGACAUCGGAACCCACAACAUGGAAUCUGUACACUUUAUGCCACUGGUGAACACGGCUAUUUAAAAAGCGACUGACUGUCCAGCUUGCCUUCCCUUCUUCUCUAAUUGCAUCCAAUCCCCAAAUUGAUACUUUCACCCACAUUUUACAACAUGGCUGUUUCCAUCAACGACUACGCUGGCUUCUGGACCUUGGACUCUUCUCGCACCGAUGAUUACCAAGAUGUUCUCUCUGCCCAAGGCGUUUCUUGGGUCGUCCGCAAGGUCAUCGCCAACAUGACCAUCACCUACGAUAUCACCGUCAGCAAAGACGAGAACGGAAACGACGUCAUCACAGCUGUCAACCCCAAGGGAGCCAAGCAGGUCUUUGUUCUCGAUGGCGUGUCACGCCCAGAUGAAGACAGUACCUACGGCUCUGUUGCGCACUCUGCCACCAAAGAUGCCAACGGACAAGUCAACUUGACUACCGUGUCUGAGAAGAAUAAGUGGAAGAACUCUGGAGUCUGGACGCUUGAGGAGAAUGGCACCGUCAUGGUCCGAACGCUCUCAUUCGAGUCGCCAAAACUCACCAAAACCUUCAAGAUGACGUUCAAGAAGAAGCAAUAAAUGUUAUAUACCCGUUCGGACGGAAGAGUUUGUUAAUUAUUUCAAGUAGACUUGUGGACAAGUGCUGUCCAGAAAGUUUGUUGCGAGGAUAUUUUACUCUGUUACUAGUGUCAUGAAAACAAUAAAGCAUGUGUUGUGAUCGUCAGCUGUUUCCUGCAAAAUAUCUGCAUGAAGCGACAGUUGCGGCCACAGUUGGAAUUGAAA